AUGUUAGCACAGGACACGCAUGCACCAAAAACAGUGCACGGCGCACAGUGGGGAAAAAAGGCCAGCAGCAUCAAUUUGGAAGAACUGGGUUCCAUGCUGCAGUUGGCCGUGAAUUAUGCGGACAACAACGUCAUAGCUGUGAUGGUUGCAUGCAUGGUGUUGUUACUACGUGGCUACGAGACGGAGGGGGCAGCGGACGCAGCGGACUCUGAGGUGGAGGCUCCUGCAGCUGCUGGCAAUGUAGAUGAUGACGACGACUCCUAUGUCCAGGUCCAGACUGGUGAUGGCAAGUAUGUCAGAGUACACACCGAGAAAUUCCAAGACAUGAUGCAGUCCGUGCAGUUGCUGCAUACCUUUGUGACAGAGAUGGAAGGAGGCUACUUCGAGGCCAUCCCUGAGACAGCAAAGGUCCUCUUGCCUCUGCUGACAGCCAGAGAAGAGUAUACGAUGCUUUGCGAUGAGGUUCGUGGCACAGCUUUGCAAGUUUGGAGCUUGCUAAUCAAAUCUGCAAGGCUUGGUGCACAGGAGCGUGGCCAGCCGAAUGCAAUGGCCAAAGAGCUGCUGGGAACCGGUUUGCAGGCGGUUUUCGGUCAGCUGGAACAGAACCAGGAGACAGAUUUCUUGCACGAAAUCUCUUCAGGCAUUGCAGAGUGCAUUAAGAAUGUCGGACCGGGUGUCCUCUCUAACGAAGAGGUUCGAACUCUGACCUCCAGGGUAUUCGCCUUGAUGGACCAAUCGCUGGCAAGAAGUGCUAAGCACGCCAACGAAGAAGCCAAGAACAAACAGGAGGCUAGCCACCUUCCUCAGGAGCUCCAUGGUGGAGAUGAAGAUGAUGACGAACAGGGCCCAGCUGCUGAUGAGGAUCAGCUGCGAAGAAAUUACGAAGAGAUCCUGGGUGCCAUGAUGAAGGUCUCUCCUGCAGAGUUCCUGCCAUGUUUGCCACAAUGCGCCGAGCGCAUUCAGCAUUGGGUGGCGACCAAGGAGAACAAGGUCCUUGGCCUCUACUUGGUGUGCGACCUUCUUGAUCACUUGAAGGAACACUCCGAGAGUGCCUGGCCCAUUUUCAUGCCAAAGAUCUUCGAGUCGAUUUUCGACGCAGAUGCAGACGCAAGGACAGCAGCCGCCUAUGCAGUGAACUUGGCAGCGCCUUUGCCAAAGUUUGCUGAGGCAGCGCCAGAAGUUUUCAAAGCGCUUGCAAAGCUCCUGAGCGCGCCAAAGCCAAAGAAGCGGGAGGAGAAGGCCAAGGUUGCAAUGGACAAUGCCGUUGCUGCCAUGCUCUCAAUGCUGAAGGACAAGGGACAGCUUUGUCCACCAGAUCUUCAGGCGUGGGAUUUGGCCCUCUCCAAGCUGCCAAUCAAGGAUGACUGCGAGGAGGCGAAGAAGGUCCACGAGAAGGUCAUAGACAUGGUUUUGCAACAGAACCAGGGACUGUUGGGUGCUGAGAACCGAAAUCUCGGGUCCGGAACUUGGGAUCAUCCGAGGUUCAGAUCUGAGAAAAUGUUGCCACCUUGCACAAAGGGCAUGACCAGAUUGGUGUAGCUUCCGUUCUUCUGCCGUUCUUCACUACUUUCCAUAUUUGUGCUGAGGGUAGAGGCAGGGAGAGGAAAGGUUUUCUUUCGGCUUUGGUCUUUGACCCUCAGGAAAGUGCUGUCAAUUUUGGCCGAAAUCUACAAGC